UUCUGAUAAGUUUAAGGAAAUAUCUGAGCAGGCAAAGAAAAAUAGAGCAUUUGAAGUUGGUGGCUGCAACUACGCAGCGGGAAGUAUUAGUGUGGCUGAAGUUGCGCGAAGGAUGCGUGAAGAAUUAGGCAGAACUCCACUUCUUAAUGAGCUCCACAUGGAGACUCAUCUCAAGAGAAAUGGAGAGUUUAUUGACGAGCGCGCAAAAAUCACUCAAGAGAAUUUUGAUAAAGAACUUGCCAUAAAGUUGUCAGAGCAUCCUGAAAUACCCCAACCACCACCAGGGUAUCCUGUUGACCCCAGUAUUGGUUUUCAGACUUGGUAUAAGGUUUCAGGUGGAAAGAAGAAAAAUGGGAGAGUGUAUUGUACUGGAGGGUAUUCCAAAAAUAUCAAGCGGCGUAGUAGAGAUUUCAAAAUGAGAUAUGCUGAUGGAGAAGGAUCAUCCACUCCACCUAUAUUAACCGCCGAAAUGCUUGAAACUGUGAGAAACUUGGCAAAUACUGAGGCAGCACAACAAGUAGCAGCAAGAAAUUUGGAAAUUGAAGAGAUGAAGAAAAAACAAUUAGAGAUGCAGGAGGAAAUGCAAAGAAGAGAAAGAGAAUUACGGGAAGAAAUGAGGAGAGAAUUUCAGGAAGAAAUGAGGAGGCAGGCACAAGAGUAUCAAGAAGCAAUGCGAAUUGGAAAUGAGCGGUCACAAAGAACCAAAGUGAUGAUCCAGAUAGCUCCGAUGAACUCCAGGGAAUGUACUGAGACACCUAGCUCGAGCUGGAACUUUUUGAAACUCCUUGCUCGAACUCAACUGAUAUGGCUCCAAGUGAGAAGUGGAAAUGAUGAUUCUGGUGUUUCAGAGCUCCAACAAGGUCUUGGAUCAAUCUCACUCACCCUCCUUAAUGUGUUAGAUCACCUAAUUUCAAUGACUAAGCCCUGGAAUGAAGAAUUGUCUUCCUCACCCCGUGAACCUUUGAAAAUUAAGUGUAUGAGAUAG